GCGCCAACAUGGCGGCGCCCAGCGAGGGCCGCGCGGGCCGGGGCUCCGCGCCCUUCCCGGGCACCGACAGCGGCUCCUUCCCCUUCCCCUUCUCCGUCCCGCACGGCGCGCCGGGGGAGCCACCUAAGAAGCCAUGCCGAGCUUGCACGGAUUUCAAGAGUUGGCUCCGCGAGCAGAGGAAGCAGGCGGCCCCGGGCAGCGCGGACGUGGCUGUCACAGAGGAGAAGGAGCCCCCUCCGGACUGUCCUCUGGACAGCGAGCAGCUGGGCCGCAGCACCUGGGCCUUCCUGCACACCAUGGCUGCCUACUACCCUGAGCGGCCCUCGGGGGCACAGCAGAGGGAGAUGAGGGAAUUCAUCAACCUCUUCUCCAAGUUCUACCCCUGUGAGCACUGUGCUGAGGACCUGAGGGAGAGAUUACAGAAAAACCAACCCGAUACGAGCACCAGGAGUAACUUCUCCCAGUGGCUGUGUCUUCUCCACAAUGAAGUGAACAGGAAGCUGGGAAAGGCAGAAUUUGACUGUUCCCGUGUGGAUGAACGCUGGAGGGAUGGCUGGAAGGAUGGCAGCUGUGAUUAACCCCCAGGGAUUGCUCUGGGAAUCCAGCAGAGCACUUCAGUCACUGCAGGGACAGUGGGAGUCAAUAACUCUGAUUGUGUGAGACUGAUUCAGAGCUGAACCAAUAAGAAUUGAAAAUCCUAUCCCAAUGGUAUUUUGAUAAGUGGUACCAGUAAUGGUACCUGAGGGGUUGAGGCUGCCAGAAACCUCUGAGGUUGGGUCACUGACAAAUACAUUUCCUGAUUUUGGGGGCAUUUGCUUAUUUUUGUGGCUAGAAUUCACUUGCCCUGAACACAGUGGUUUUCUCUGCAGGCAUUGCCUGACGUUUUAGAAACUGCAUCUGAUUAAUUAUCAUUUUCAUUUCUGUUGUUCUGAUAGAGAAAACUCAUGCUGGGUUUUGUGCCAAGUCUGUACCCCUGGAUUUCUCCUUCCAGGAUCUCCAUUUGUUGUUACUCUUGCAUCCAAUUGCCUUGAUAAAAGUCCUGAGGGCAGGCAGGUACAUUUAAUUUAAACACUAAAAUCAUGGAGCCCAGA